UCGAUUACGGCGGCCCCGUAGGCAGAAGCAGACGCGAUGAUUAUUUACGGCUCGCUCGGAGACGGACAUGGCGCGACUAUAGCCCCGGAAGAAACUACCUACCUACGGCUUAAAUAAUCGCUUCCGGGCUCACUGGAAAGUAUUUGCGAGCUUUGGCCUUGUUUACCCACCACUUUUGUCGUCGGCAACGAUAUUUUUCGAUUCCUCAUUUCUGCCGCCCUCUUCCACGUCAUACUAGAGUGAUGGACGCGUCCUCGUGACUCGUGAUAUUGCUACACGACAAGAAUAUUACACCAGAGAAAACAGAAGCGCCACACGCCGGGGAAGCGCACUGGGCAGUCUGGGUGGCCAGCGCUGCAGAAUUGUAUCGAUUGCGAGCCUCUCACCAUCAUGAAAGCAUCCGGAAAACGAUGCGGGACAUGCAUAGAUCGAAAGGUUCGCUGUGACCGAGGUCUUCCGGCAUGUUCGACCUGUCUGCGAUCCAAUCGGGUUUGCCAGGGUUACAACCUUCGCCUGUCUUGGCCCCGAGGCAAUGAUAAGAAGCGAUUAAUACUCGGGCCAGAUCCCGAGAAAGGUCGGAAGAGUCGACCUCGUAGCACUAGAAGAGCAAGAUGGGUUCAUGCGACGUCUUGGGAUGUCGGUGUCUUCUAUCAUCUCGCUGGUUUGGAUCGAGACGUUAGUGUAGCAGCCUUCAAGUUACGCCUUCGCCCCGCCUUGUCAACCACCCUCCUCUUGGGGAUGACAGGGGGGGAGAGGGACUUAUUACAUUUCUUCGAGGGCGCCGUCUCACAAAUCCUGACUACCUUCAGCGAGCAGCCGCUGGGGAGCAUCCUCAUGCGAAUCGCGCUGUCAAGCGACUCGCCUUCGUGCAUUGCCGUGAGGAAGUCGAUGCUGGCCCUGUCGACGCUGCUACGACACGGACUCAGUUGGCAAUCGGAGCGCCUGAAGCUAUGCGCGAUUCGAGCUCUGAUGGCCUCCGCCGAGGAUGGCAUCACUCUCACGAAUGCCGCUCAACACGUAGCCGCGGGCAUGCUCCUGUGCAUAUUCGAGAUUCACACAAACUCUUCAGCAUCGAACCAAUGGCUCACGUGUGUUGCUGGUGCGACGAACGCCAUUGCCAACCUGACAUUUGAUCCCUUUGGCCAAGACCCCGAUCUCUCCGCCCUUCUCGACUGGGCCUACUACCACGAAGUCUUGUCCGAGUUCAGCCUGCGACACUGGCGACCGGAAGCGUGGUCGUCAGAAAGGGUGUUGCUUCGGUGUUCUUCGCUAUCCACCACACACCCGGUGCCCUGCCUUCGGCUGCAACGGCGCAACGACACCUUGCGACUGCUGUCCGAAGCAUGCGCGAUAGUCCAAUCGCCCUCGGAUCCCCGGAGUAAGUGCUCAAAGUAUAUUAGCCGCAUCUGCGACAUGCAGCGCAGACUCGAGCAGGGCCCGACCUCAAACUGUCCGUCUGACACCCGCACACCAGCGGCGGGAUCGCUAGCGGUUUCGGUGGGUGACACAAACAGCAGCGCUGUAACGAACAGGCUGUGCCGCAUUGCAACCUUGAUCUACCUAAUACGCGCAUCGGGCAUCGCCUCCGAUGACGCCUGCGACGUCGCCGACCACAUUGGGGCGGGACUCUCCCUCUUACGCUCGCUUCCGUAUUGCAAGCAACCGUUCCCGCUGUUGAUCAUCGGAUUUGAGGCGAAAUCGGACGAAGAUAGGAUGAUAAUCCUAGACCUAGUGGCGCGGACGGAGAAGAACCCGGCGGCGAGGUCGAUGGAGUGCGCGCGGACCUUGCUACAUGCUAUCUGGAGCCAGAGCGAUCUCAUCGACGAAGGAGAGGGAGUGGUUGAGUAUCUAGACAUGAUGACGGGCGUGAUCAGCUUGGGCGGCGUGUUGCCGCCGUUUGCUUGAGGAAGCUCGUUAUAGACAUACAUACCUCCUCUUCGGAGAUGUGGGCUUGUAUAGCUCGCUUGGUCCGUAACAUCUUCACAGUUCAGAUCAGCCGUGGAAAAGCCAGUUUGGCGGUCUUGGGACUAUUUAAUAAAUCAUAUAAGAACUA